CUUAUGUUUCAUCUAGGUGCUUAAAUAAAAUAAUUAGAUCAUUCAUACCCGAUGCAAUAGUCACUUCUUAACUGGCUUUUCUUGAUUUAUUUUCAUUUGUAGAGAUGCAGCAGGAUGGCAAAAUGGAGAAAUGGAAAAACAGAUAGUAUUUCUUCAGGAAGAGCUUCGUAAAGGAGACUACCCUUGGGAAGGAGACAAUGAUCUAUUAAAAGAGAGCAACAAGCAUAAACUACUGCUCGAAUCAAUAGAUGAGUUCAAGAAACAACUGCCGUUGUUGAAAGAGAAAAUUAAGAACGCUAGAGUAUGCGGACCAGAUUGCAGGCUCAAACAUGAUGAUCUUCACAUAAAUUUGGACAUCCUUACACCAGCGGAAUUGCUACGCACUGUAAAAAGGUUUGAGAGAUUGAAGACAGACUUAAUAAGUACACUCCGAAGCAAAGAGUGGCGUCUGGAUUCGGAAUCAAAGUUGUUCGUCCGCGUGAAUGACCAAAGAUCGUACCUGCAAAAUGAGCUCAUGAUUUGUCAGAAUAACAUAUUAAGAUUGCAGAAAAACGGUCCAUAUUGGCAGCACAUUUCGAGAAAUAACGACGAGAGAGUGCUCGACCCAAAGCGGGGUCCUAUAAAGAAAAGCUUCGGGGAACGCCUGCCGCCGAUUGCCGCACAAUGAGACACUUGCGCCUAUUGACUUACAUGUACAAGUUAACGACAUUAGUGCAUUCAAAAUUUAUUAGCAGGUUGUAUGAUG